UCUUCCCCAUUUUCUCAUUAAAGUUUCAAUUCUUUUUGUACCUGAGUUUGGCUUUUUGCUCUACAUUGAAAGAUGAGAAGCAAUCUGGAGAACAACAGCUCAAAUACCCACAUCCCAAUCCUCAAGUUCUUGGAUUGUUCUCUGAGGCUUUCUGUGGUUCCUCUUAGUGUUGCAACAAUAUGGAUAACUGUGACUAAUGACCAGGAAAACAGCACCUAUGGAACCAUAAAGUUCAGCAAUCUUUUGGGACUCAAGUAUAUGGUGUUAAUUUCUGCCAUAUGUGCCCGUUAUGCUUUUGUCGCAGUUGUGGCUUCAUGGUUCAAAUGCUUAGUUUCCAAAGCUUGGAUUUUCUUGGUCUCAGAUCAGGUUUUCCCUCAACAUAACUUCUGUUGGAUUUUUGAGGGUAAGAAGGGAGGGAUUGAGAGAGGACUUGGAGGAGAGGUAGAGAUAUCUGGAGUUUCCUCUUUUGGUGAGAUUGUAGCAUACUUGAUGGUAACAUCAGGGGCAGCAGUGACAAAGAUACUGUACUUGGCUUACAAUGGUGAUCAGAAAGUGACAUGGAGUGAAGCCUGCAGUUCAUAUGGGAAAUUCUGCUAUGAGAUGAAAGUGGCCUUGAUUCUCCAUGCCUUGGUCCUCUGCUGCUUCAUUUUCUUGGCUGUGAUUUCUGCUUAUAGGGUGUUUAGUAUGUUUGAGCCUCCUUCUCUUUCUUCUAAGGAAGGGGAGGAAGAAAGGACCUAGAAUUACUAUCCUAUCUUCCUCACAGGCUUUAUGCAUGCCACUGCAUCUUAUAUAUAGAGAUUGUGACGGGCUGCAAUUCACUUUUCUAAUAUAUUUAUACACUCAAA